GGCCAGGUAGAGAUCACAGACCUUCACAUUUCUUUCUUUCUGGGUGACACAGCGUGUGUGACUGUGUUAUGCCUUCUCGGGAGGUUGCAGGAAUUUAAUGCUUUGUCUGCGAGCAGAGACUCUGCCAAGUUUCGGCUGUGAAGUUGCCAAGGCAGAAGACUGUUCUUGCUGCGUCGGCUGGUAAAUGCCGUUGCGAGUAAUCCCAUACGAACAACGGACCACAGAUGCAAUGGAGUUGAUUCAAUGGUUACGUUUACCAUGCUUCUGAGACCGAGUGAAUCAUCAGGUUCUCAAGCUUGAUUGCUUGCUGCACUGAAGAAGGCCUGCAACUCCAAGAACAAGCUGUGAAAUGGAGAGUUUAGGCAACCACUACGACAGCUUUGCAGGAUCCGAUGAAGAGUUCAGCGACAUGGCCGGGAAGCUCGAGCUCGACGAUUUUUUCCUUGCAUCAAGCAUCCAGAGCCAAGAAAUCACUGUAGGCGAAGCAAGCUUAGAUUCCGACAAGAUCGGUGAGAUGGUUGACGUGUCGAUUCCGCCUCCAGAUACAAUGAACCGUACUGUGCUGCAUCUUCAAGAUAUGAUAAGGUUGGAUGCCCAUCCUCAUGAGCUGAUGGAAUCAGGUGCCGUAUGGGGUGAUGCGCUUCUUUCUCAGGCAUGUGCUGCUUCUCAACCCAUCAGCGGAUACUGCAACGCAGCUCGAGCAGAUGGCAUAUCUGCCACCUUUUCCGGCAGCGAGAACUUCCGUAACUUGAGUUGCACUGGCGAUAUUUCUUCAGGGAAGUCUAAGAACCAUGGCUCAUUCGAUCAACACAGAUGGAGUAGGGGUGCAGUGGCCUCCGAGGUCUCUCCUAAUCCACUUCCCAAUGCCAAGAGAAAGUUCGAGGAAUGCACCGGGAUAGGAGAAAACAAGACAAGCCUUCUCCAACCUAGUUCUUUGAAGAAACCAAGACCGGAAAAGCAUUCAGGAUCUUCCACCAUCAACUUCGGUCGGGACAGCAACUACGAGCCCGACACAGAGGCUGUAGCACAGGUGAAAGAGAUGAUCUACAGGGUUGCUGCUCUAAGGCCGGUGACUCUGGAAAUGGUGGACGCAGUGGAGAAGCCGAGGAGAAAGAAUGUGAGGAUCUCAAGCGAUCCGCAGACGGUGGCUGCAAGACAGAGGAGGGAAAGGAUCAGUGAGAGGCUGAGGAAGCUGCAAAGUCUGGUCCCGGGAGGGAGCCAAAUGGACACUGCAACCAUGCUCGAUGAAGCUGCCAACUAUCUCAAGUUCCUCAAGUCUCAGGUCAGGAUAUUGGAAACCCUAGAUAACAGGCAUGAUCCAGGAAACAACAGUACCAUGCACCCCUUUCCAUUCCAUCCAAGCCAGGCUUUUGCAGUGCAACAGCUUUAUCCCACUCAGAAACCCUAACCCUAAAGGUGAGGUAUAAAUCAAGUCCUAAGCACUCAAAGAGCAUAUCAUUGUCUUCAUCAUUAGCUUAGGGUUUAGGGCUUAAGUCAGUGCUUAGAAUAAUCCUGAUAUCAAAUGCCCAUCAAGAGAAAAGGUUAGCCUUUUCGAUCCAAUGGUGGUGUUCCUGCUUUUUAUCUUGGUCACCUUUUUCACUUUGCCAAAACCUCUUUGCAUGUCCAUAAAGCAACCUUGGCCUGUCAACAAACAUUAACAAGCUCUCAACAUACUGCAGAAGCCACAGAUUAAAGUCUUCACCAUUGGCCUUUCCCUGCAGCACCUAUAUAAAUGUCAUUAUGAUUAUUUGUGACUCGUUCUGAGUCACAUGAUCAGAUAUAUUUAAUCUCUCACCAUUCCUGUCUUCUUUUACUUUUCCCAAGUCCGACAUGGCUUGCAAACUUGAGGAAUGGUUCCAAUGAACUAUCAAGUGAAUCAAUUCCAAAUGGUUUCUGCUUGCUGGUCCCUUGUUUGAGGUGGGGGAGACCUGUGUUCAGCUCUCUCCUCCCCUUCCAGUCCCACUACUUUGUUGCAGUUAAGUGUUGGCACUUUUGACUGCCCAAUGCCAGAGACAUUCUCUUGGGGGCCUGCUCAUGUGUGGCAGAGCACAAUGCUUCCUUGAUUCGAGCCAAAGUACCCUUGAGAAGGCCACCAAGACAUUGGUGAGCACAUGGUGGGAAAAAAGAAAGGCUUGCGACUCCAUGUAACUCACUUCUUCUCCAACUUGCUUUCUCUACCAUCUCUUCUUUAUAUAACAGAUUCUUAUCUCAUACAAUGAGACAUAGAAUAUGAACUCUCUCUCUCUCUCUCUCUCUCUCUCUCUCUCUCUCUCUCUCUCUCUCUCUCUCUAUAUAUAUAUAUAUAUAUAUAUAUAUAAAUAAUGUGGAUUGGCUAGCUAGCUAGUGACAGUGGUCCUUAUUAUGUGCCACCUUUUCUGUACUGAAAAGGAGGGUUUCUGCUGCUAUGUGAUGAAGGGUGGCUCCUGUGGUUGGAACUGGAUGCUCAAGUUGGGGUUUGCUAACUGCUCGACUCAGAUAUUUCAAUCCUUCCUCCUGGUGGUGUUGUGUUGUUGCCAACAAUUCAUUCUUGCUGUUGCUUGGAAUGUAGAGUU